GUUCGUCACCCACGUCGUAAAGGUCACGUGGACAAUGCCAUAGCCCUGAAAUAUAUACGGUGGGGGCUUCCCCCCACUUGACCCCCCCGCCUCUUCUCCUCCUCACCCCCUCACUCGCUCUUUUGUUUACUCUCUCUCUCUCUCUCUCUCGUUUUUUGUUUACUGACUUUACUCAGCUCUCUCUCUCUCUAAGCUGCUCACUCUGUAUGAGCCCUCUCUUCACAGAAAUCCUAUUAAAACUUUCCUCUUCUGUAUGCUUUAGGGCUAGGGUUUGUCUUCAAGCUGAUCCCUUUUUUGUCCUUGUGGAAAAGAAGAAUAGGAAGGAGCCCUAGCUCCAUUUUUGGGUCCAGCAGUAAUGCUGGAGAAGAAGGAGGGGUCCCCCAUGGUUUUCAUGUGGGGUUACCUCCCUGGUUCUUCACCAGAGAGAGGCCCUCUCUUUGUCCCAACUCGUGUCGAGAGACCAUCCAACGGUGAGCAAUGGAAGGAUGUAUGCGGUGGCGGAUGCGGCUUUGCCGUGGCCAUUUCUGAAUCAGGAAAGCUUCAUACUUGGGGCUCCACAGAUGAUCUAGGCCAAAGUUAUGUGGCUUCGGGGAAACAUGAGCGGACUCCAGAGCCGUUUCCUCUUCCAACUGAUUCUGCUAUUGUGAAGGCAGCUGCAGGGUGGGCUCAUUGUGUUGCUGCCACAGAAAGUGGAGAAGUCUACACAUGGGGUUGGAAAGAGUGUGUUCCAACUGGGAAGACAAUGCCAGAUCCAGUUACUGGACAAAUUUCAGAUAAGGCUCUGCCUGCAAGCUCAAGCGGGUCAUUGCCUAGCCAUGUCGAUGAAAAAUUACAAACUAGGCCCACUUCUAGUGACCACCAUGAUCUUGUGGAUGCUUCACCUAGUACAUCGUCUGAUGUAUCUUGGUGCACUUCAUUAACUGGAACUAGAAGUAAAUCAGUUCUCUCUGGAUUCUCUCAAAGUGAUUCAUUGGAAGGUGCAAAGCGUAGAAGGCUGGCUAUGGGUAAACAAUCUGCUGAAAAGUCAAAUGCUUCUGAUGAAGAUAUUUCUGCAAACCCAUGUCUUGUCACAUUGAGUGUAGGAGUGAAGGUUUCUGCGGUUGCUGCUGGUGGGCGUCAUACAUUGGCCUUGUCAGUUUCAGAUAUGGGUCAAGUAUGGGGCUGGGGCUAUGGUGGGGAAGGUCAGCUGGGCUUGGGAUCUCGCAUUCCAGCAGUUUCAUCUCCUCAUCCUAUCGCUUGUAUUGAAGCAUCUUCCUAUUGGAAACAAAUACCACAACCAAGUUUUAGGGGAAGUAAUCUUCUUGAUGAUAAAGUUUUCAAGCCUUUUGGCAGUUAUAUAAAAGCAAUAGCCUGUGGUGGUCGACAUAGUGCUGUAAUUACAGAUGCUGGAGCACUAUUGACGUUUGGGUGGGGUUUAUAUGGGCAGUGUGGGCAUGGUAGUACGGAUGAUGAGCUUAGCCCCACUUGUUUAUCAUCACUUGGUGGUAUACAAAUACAGGGGGUCGGUGCUGGACUUUGGCACACAGUUUGUAUUUCUGUGGAUGGUGCUGUAUAUGCUUUUGGAGGGAAUCAAUUCGGUCAACUUGGAACAGGGGAUGAUCAAGCAGUGACUCUCCCGAAGCUUUUAGAGGCACCUAGUAUAGAGCACAAGCAUGCUAAAAUUGUUUCUUGUGGUGCCCGUCACAGUGCCAUAAUAACAGGACUUGAUGACGGGGAUGACAUUUGGGCAUAUAGUUGUGAAAUUGGAGGGUUGUACUUUUUGGAGACUCAUGAUCGCGCCCUAACUGCAGCAGCCACAUCUUCAAUUUCUAAUAAGAAAGAGUGUAUUUGUGGCACAUCCGACUUGGUCAUGCAUCAUCUUUUACUUUGCAUUUUUUAGUUCUUAAAUUAUUUGAGUCUCUGGGUCAAGUUCAAUUGCAAUGUGACAUUUGUGAGUUGUCAAAACAUUGCAAAACUUCAUUUCCUAUCAAUAUCUAUAAAAAUAGUGAUGUUCCUUUCUCUGUUAUACAUUCUGAUGUGUGGGGUCCUUCACCAGUUGUAUCUGUGUUUGGAUUUUGUUUCCUUUUUGCAUUUGUGGAUGAUUGUUCUAGAUUUACCAUUGUCUAUCUAAUGAAACACAAAGAUGACGUUGCUAAUUUAUUCCAAGUCUAUCACAAAAUGGUUAGAACUCAAUAUGAUGCAUAGAUUAAAGUCCUGCAAUCUGACAAUAAGGGUGAGCAUGUGUCAAACAAACUCAAAGAUUAUCUUCUUGAUCAAGGGAUUGAGUUCCAAACAAUGUGUCCAUACACACCUUAGUAGAAUGGUAUAAUUGAGAGAAAAAAUAGAGCUGCUGGUAUAACACACCUCAAUUUUGUGUCAUCGCCUCAUCGUGCCUUCACAUCUGCUCUAUCUCCUGUUAGUAUACCUUCCAGUAUUGCAGAAGCACUUUCACAACCUCAAUGGAAAGCUGCCAUGGGUGACGAGAUUCGAGUACUUGAGCGGAAUAAUACAUGAGAAAUCACUAACCUUCUUGAAGGAAGAAGGUCAUAGGAUGUAGUUGAAAAUAUUCAUUGUAAACUACAAAGUUGAUGGUACCAUUGAAGGGUACAAAGCAAGAUUGGUUGCAAAAGGUUUCACCCAAGUAUAGGCUACCAAGAUACUUUCACGCCUGUGGCCAAGCUGAGCACUGUGAGGAUCAUUUUUUCACUAGCUGCGAAUAGAUCGUGGCCACUCCAUCAGCUAUAUGUUAAAACUGCAUUCUUACAUGGAGAUAUCCAAGAAGAAAUCUAUAUGGCCAUGCCUCUUUUUGAUUAAGGGGGAGACAAGAAAGGUUUGCAAAUUAAAGAAGGCAAUAUAUGGACUUAAACAAUCUCUUAGAGCAUGGUUUAAAAAAUUCAGGGAGGCACUGCUGAAAUUUUGGUUCAGAAGGAAUCAGGUUGAUCAUACACUCAUUAUGAAGAAAGAUAUUGUUGGAAUUACUGCCCUUAUUGUGUAUGUCGAUGAUAUUGUUGUGAUCGGGGAUAAUGUGAAAGGCAUUGAGGAUCGUAAAUCUUAUUUAAGCAUUUAGGAUCCCUUACGUAUUUUUUGGGAAUUGAAGUGACGAGAUCAAAGAAAGGGAUAAUCAUCUCCCAGAGAAAAUGUGAUGGACUUGUUACAACAAAUCGGGAUGUUGGGAUCUAGAGCUGUAGAUACUCAUAUAGAAGUCAAUCAUAAACUUCAUCGAGAAAGGGGGAAGCUACUCAAAGAUCCUAAUUAGUAUCAACGAAUAGUGGGCAAGCUUAUAUAUCUCACAAUCACUCAACCAUACAUUUCUUAUGCGGUUAGCAUGGUCAGCCAAUUUAUGCAUGCACCGCAUGAAUGCCACCUCGAUGUUGUAUACAAAAUAUUAAGAUAUCUCAAGUUUGCACCAGGGAAGGGGAUAUUUUUCUCAAAUCGAGGACAUACUGAUGUUAUAGUUACACAGAUGCUGAUUGGGCGGGUUGCCAAACUGAUAGAAGAUCCACAACUGGCUAUUGUACCUUCAUAUUGGGAAACCUGGUCACUUGAAAAAGCAAGAAGCAAAAUGUGGUGGAAAGAUCAAGUGUUGGAGCAGAAUACAGGGCAAUAGCUCAUGGUACAUGCGAUAAUGUGGACCAGAAGUGUUCUUUUUUAUUUUGGUGUUAGAGUUAAGCUUUUCAUGGCUCUAUAUUGUGACAACGAAGCAUCCAUUUAUAUCACAGAAAAUCCUAUUUUCAUGAAAAGACUAAACACAUUGACAUGGCUUGUCACUUUAUUAGAGAGAAGGUUGCUGCCAAGAUCAUUCAGACUCAUCAUGUGAAGUCUAAAAAUCAACUUGCAGAUAUCUUCACCAAAGUCGUUGGAUGAGACAAAUAACAUGAUAUCACAAACAAGUUGAGCACAAUUCAUUUCUAUGCACCAACUUGAGGGGGAGUGUUGGAAAUAAAAGGAUUAAACUUUAUUGUAUUUGAUGGACAAAACUGUCAUUUAUCUUUUGUUUAGUCUUUAUUUGUCUUAUGUCUCUAAAAAAGGGUAGUAAUUUCCAUGAUUUGUAAUUAGGGUUAUUACUUAAUAUUAUGAAAGGGGUAUUACUUAAUGUUAUAAGAGGGGUAGAGGUCACAAGUGAACCUCUACACCACUCACUUUCCUCUCUCUCUCUCUCUCUCUCUCUCUCUCUCUCUCUCUCU